CACUCCUCGCUUCCCUACUUCCAAAGUAUUGUAUUUUCACCCAUUUUUUUCUAUUUUCUCUUUUCUAUUUUCACCCCUUAGCUUUAAGGACUUGAUACACUAAUGGACACAAAGGUUCUCUCUUCCGGAACCCAGUACUCAAAUUUGCCAGAGAGUUAUAUCCGACCCGAAUCCGAACGACCUCGUCUUUCUGAAGUGUUGGAGUGUGUAGAUGUUCCUAUCAUCGAUUUGGGUUCUCAAAACAGAACCCAGAUUGUACACCAAAUCGGUGAAGCCUGUAGGCUCUAUGGCUUUUUCCAGGUGAUUAAUCACGGGGUGUCACUAGAAGCAGUGAAGGAAAUGGCAGAGGUGGCAUAUGAGUUCUUCAGGUUGCCGGUGGAGGAGAAGUUGAAGUUGUACUCAGAAGACCCGUCAAAGACAAUGAGACUAUCAACUAGUUUUAAUGUGAACAAAGAAACGGUGCAUAACUGGAGAGAUUAUCUUAGGCUUCAUUGCUAUCCUUUGGAGAAGUAUGUGUCUGAAUGGCCAUGUAAUCCACCAUCCUUCAAGGAAACUGUGACACAAUACUGCAAAGAAGUUCGGGAAUUGGGAUUGAGAAUACAAGAAUAUAUAUCAGAGAGUUUGGGUCUAGAAAAAGAUUACAUAAAGGAUGUUUUGGGGGAACAAGGGCAGCACAUGGCAGUGAACUAUUAUCCACCAUGCCCAGAACCAGAACUUACCUAUGGAUUGCCAGGGCACACAGACCCAAAUGCACUUACAAUUUUGCUCCAAGAUUUGCAUGUUUCUGGCCUUCAAGUUCUCAAAGAUGGCAAAUGGCUUGCCGUUCGUCCACAACCUGAUGCCUUUGUUAUUAACAUAGGCGAUCAAGUGCAGGCUUUGAGUAAUGGCCUUUAUAGAAGUGUCUGGCACCGGGCUGUUGUAAAUGCUGAGAAGCCCAGACUUUCUGUGGCUUCAUUUCUUUGCCCAAAUGAUGAGGCAUUGAUAAGCCCUGCGAAACCACUCACAGAAGAUGAAUCUGGAGCCAUUUAUCGAGGAUUUACAUAUGCAGAAUACUACAAGAAGUUCUGGAGUAGGAACCUAGACCAAGAACACUGUUUGGAACUUUUCAAGAACAAGUAGCCUUUAAGUUGUGAUUGGCAAGAACCAAAAUAAUGGUAAUAAUUAAAGAAGGGAGGGAUUAGACAAUAAGAAUGUCUUAUAUAUUGUCUUUAAUCCCUCCCUUCCUGUAUCCUAUAUACUCACUCCUUGAAGCUCAGUGUUGUUGUCAAUUCUCUUUUUCUUUUUCUGUUUUAUUGUUAGUGCAUUUUCUUGUUU